UCUCAGACAUGAACCUAACCUAAAAGGAGCAGAAACACACACCAUGUGUGUUCGUGUUUCUGGUCAGCUCUCUCCUUCUGUGAAGAAUCCUCAUCCAUCAUCAUCAUCCAACAAAACAACAUCAAUGCCGACAUUGCACAAGGUUCUAUUUAUCAGUCUCACCUUCCUCUUCGUCGCCGUCACUUUCACGUUCCUGGCCGUGGAAGCCAAACAUUGGAAGCACCACCUCAUACCCUUCCCUAUCUUUGGCGACGGUGGAGAAGGAGGGGAGGGAGAAGACAAGCCUGAUUUUGAAACGAAAUCCAAGGGGCACUGGGAUUUGAUUUCUCAGAACUCAGGUGUCUCAGCCAUGCAGAUCAAUUUGAUGCCAAACAACAAGAUGAAUGUGUAUGAUGCCACCGUUUACCGUCUCUCUAGGCUCAAAUUACCAGCUGGAGUACCGUGUGUUCCUUUUGUAGUUGAAAGGACUAAAGAGAAAAGACAAGAUUGUUUUGCUCAUGCAAUGGAAUAUGAUAUUGAGACAAAUAAAGUUAGGCCACUCAAGGUAAUAACAGAUCCAUGGUGCUCAUGCGGAGGGCUUGCACCUGAUGGUACCCUCGUGAGUGCUGGUGGCUUCGCAGAUGGAGGGAAAACCAUUAGAUACAUUGGUGGUAACAAAUGUCAACGAGACGACUGUGAUUGGAGGGAAUUUGCCAAUACAUUGAAAGAAGACAGAUGGUAUGCAACUCAACAAAUCCUUCCCAACGGAGACUUCAUUGUGAUAGGAGGCCGCAGGUCUUUCAGCUAUGAGUUCCUCCCAAGACAAGAAGGAAAAUCUGUAGACAAACCCUUCUUCUUCCCAUUCCUCUAUGAGACCGCGGACAUUGAUGAGAACAACCUCUACCCUUUUGUCCACCUCUCCACCGACGGCAACCUCUUUGUCUUCUCCAACAACCGCUCGGUCCUACUCAACCCCAACAACAACAAAAUCGUCCGCACCUACCCCGUCCUCCCCGGCGGCUCUCGGAACUACCCAGCUUCUGGCAUGUCCACUCUCCUUCCCAUAAAUCUCACUACCACCACCGAAUUCGCAGAAUCCUCCCCCCUAUUCAAGGCGGAGGUACUCAUCUGCGGCGGCAACACGCACGACGCGUUCUUGCUGGCCGAGACGAAGAAAAUAUUCCAUCCCGCUCUCCGAGACUGCAACAGAAUGGUCAUCACGGACCCUAACCCUGAGUGGGAAUAUGAACUGAUGCCUUCAGGGAGAACCAUGGGUGAUGCUUUGAACCUCCCUAAUGGACAAAUCUUGUUCAUCAACGGUGCACAAAAGGGCACAGCUGCGUGGUGGGACGCCGAUGAUCCAAACUUUAAUCCAGUGUUGUAUAGUCCAAAGAAACCAAAGGGUAAGAGGUUCAAGGUUCUUAAACCUUCCCAAAUAGCUAGAAUGUAUCACUCAACCUCAGCCGUGCUUCCUAGUGGCAAGAUUUGGGUUGCUGGAAGCAACACUCAUGAUACCUACAAGGACAAGGAUAAAUACCCAACUGAGACUAGGGUUGAGGCUUUUUCUCCUCCUUAUUUGGACACGAGUUUGGACAAAUUUAGACCCCAAAUUGUUGAGGAAGCAUCUGAUAAGAACUUGAGGUAUGGUUUAGGAUUCACAACACAUUUCAAGGUGGAAGAUGAUGAUGGUGAAUUGACCAAGAAUGACAUUAAGGUCACUAUGUAUUUUCCACCCUUUACCACCCAUGGGUUCAGCAUGAAUCAAAGGCUUUUGGUUCUCAAGACCGAGUAUGUUGGCGAUGGGCUCCUUAAAGGUGUUCGUGUGGUUAGGUGGAAAGCGCCACCAUUCGGGGAGGUUGCUCCUCCUGGUUACUACUUGAUCUUUGUGGUCCAUCGUGGAGUGCCUAGCAAGGGAAUGUGGGUGCAUCUCCAGUAGGGCUAGUUUGCUCUCAGUUUUGGGAUUCCAUAAGCUAGUGUGUUUUCAAGCAGUUAUAUGUUAGGGUAAUUUUAAAAUUCUUCAUUUUUGAUGAUUUUUCAAAAAUGAAGGAAAAUAGAGUGAUGUCGUUAUAGGUAAUGUAAAGUUAAAAUGUUUUAGUUUCGGGCACAAGAAUUAGGCACCGGUUUCUACAUGAGACUUACAUCACGUAUGAGGAACUAAUUCAUUUUUGUGCAAUAUGAAUUACGUGAAAGAUAUUGGACUUCUCUUCGAAAAUUAUUCAUCUAUCAA